AUGCUGUUCGCGCACAUUCCGGCCACCGUCAUGUACGAGCAAGGGUACGCCGUGUCGUCCACGCUUGCGACGUCGGGCAGCGACGCGGUGACGGACGACUCGAGCAUCAAGUUCUACAACAUCGGCGACAUCUCGGACGUCUUCGACUGGCUCACGGACUCCUUCGUGCCCGCCGUCUUCAUCACGGAGGACUACAACGGCAAAGCGCUCUCCAAGGACCGCUGGGGGCGCGUCGCCAUGUUUAACAAGGUGCUGGGCGCCGUCAACUUCCAGGUGACCCGCAAGGCGACCCACACGUGCGUGACGCAGCCCUUCCUGGCCAACCUGUACCCGUACUGCUACGACGCCACCAACACCACGACGGUGCAGAAGCUCAUCAGCUUCGACACGAACGCGACCGAGGCCGCGGGUAUGAUCACCGCUCUGAAAAUGGAAGGAGAAUGGCUCGACUUCUCCACGGAAGAGCUGCUGAUCACCAUCGUCACGUACAAUGGCGAGUUGCAGGGCUACGCAGUCACGGAGAUGCAGCUCGCCUUCUCGGAGGGCGGCUUGGUCGAGGCGAGCUCGUCCACCACGCCGGCGCUGUCCAAUCCGUAUAGCGCCUCGAUCUCCGUGGCCGCGGACAUCGUCGUCUCGGUCUUCUUCUUGCUGGCCGUGGCGAUUCAGCUACGUAAAAUCUACCGCUACCGUCGAACGGGGAUCCGCAACGUAUUGUGCGGAGACGUCUGGACCGUCAUUGAGCACGCGUCCACGUUGGUGGUGGUGGCGUUCUACUUCGUGUGGUUCUCCAUCGUUCUCCUCAUGUUUCAGAAGAACUUCCGGGACAACUUGGCGCAGCUAGUGGUGGGCGGGAAGAACUGGGCGUCCGACACUGAGGCGCGCGGGCGGCUCUACGCUGUGAUCGCCAUGCUCCAGCAAGUGGCGCAACUCACCGUCGCGCUGCGCUUGAUCGCGACGCUCGCGGUUUUCCUGCUGAGUCUGCGGAUUCUGAAGCGGUUCCGCUUCCACCCGCGCCUGAGCAUCUUGACGCGCACGGUGGCGAACGCGCUGCACCAGUUCGGCGCCUUCUUCGUGGUGUUCAUCGUCAUCUUCGUGACGUUCGCCGUCUCGGGCACGAUCCUCUUCGGGGACCGCGUGGAGGAGUUUUCGUCUAUUCAGAUCGCCAUGGAGACGUGCAUUAACAUGCUCUUCGGCAACUUCGACUACGGAACGAUCCAGGGACUCUACCCGCCCGUGUGCAUGUUCUACUACUGGGGCUACAUGAUCGUCGUGAGCCUCGUGCUGCUGAACAUGAUGCUCGCCAUUGUAUUGGACGCGUACGCGGAAGUGAGCAGCGAGAGCUACAAGGCGUCCAACAAUUUGUCGCUAUAUCGGAUCGCGGAUAACAUGCUCUGGGACCUACUGUGUUGGCUGCACGACGUCAUCAAGUGCCGAACCCGUCGAAACAAAAAAGAAGUGUCGGCAAAGACUGCUCCGCGUGUCAACCAGGCGGCAGCGAGGCGCGCUAACGUGGAGUUCGCGGAGCUCGGUCGAGUCGAUGUUGUUUUCCGCGGACGAAUUCGACCGGAUCUGCUCGAGCACGGACUGAGUGCAAUGCUGGAGCAAGCGGACGCAUCUACUAGUCCAGACUCAAAGCCAUCGAGUGCUCAGCCAACUACGGUCACACCUCGGAUGUUGAUGGAAAUGUUCCCCUCAGCCAACGUGCAGGAGCAUGAAGCUCGCGCUACACUGCAGCAUAUUCUCGAUGGGUUUGAUUCUCCAAUUCACCCAGUCCCAACACCACAAGCAGGACCAAACUCGGACGAUGCUGCUGUACCCCUGAACCAAGACUUCACCAACGUUGCGGAGAGCACUGAAAUUCAACGGAUGGCUGCACAACUUGCUGCGCUCGAGCACAAACUUGAUCUGCUGCUGCAGCGUUCGCUCUGA